AUGACCGGAAGCUAUGGCCAUACUGUUUUUACUAGACCUGAUGUCACAGAGCAGUUCAUGAAUAUAGUCCCACCAAGUCCACAGGCAAUGCCAUUUCUCGCAAGUCCAACUCAAGCACCACUGUUGCCAUGGGGGAUCCAGCCUAGUCCAGCAUGGGUGGACAAUGGCCAGGCAAGACCGGCAAAAAUAAUGUUUUUCAAAUGGCAAUCUAACCAGCAUCGACGAAAGCGACAAUGCCCCACGGCAAGAGACCAUCUAAGCUCAAGCUCUUGCGCGUCACCUUCGGCACCGCUAGGCACUGUGCUACAGAUUAGCGAUAGAAAAAUCUUGCGACAGUACUACAAGAGGGCAUUUGAAGAUUUCCAGCAGCUCAAUUGUCGAUCCAUCGCCAAGUCAUACAUAAAACUGAUUGAGCCACGAAAGCAGAUCCACUUCCCAUACAAUGGACGCAGAGUCAUUUCAGGUGUAUCGCAGAAGACUGACCCUGAACUCACAAAGCCCGGUUGGUGGCCUGAAGGUGUGAAGCACAAGGAGCCGGAUCAUCUGCUCAAGCGAGACCGCCUCGAACUCCUAGUACAUAUACUCUGUGAUCUUAAGGAGUGUCAUGGAAUCACCGCAGAGAAGCUUUGCGAAGCUGGACAAGAUGUGCGACACCAAAUUACUCCGCCUAACAAACUUGACAUCCUCGAUGAAAUCUACUUUGUUCGCCAAAUGGAGGAACGGUUUAUUGACGGAAAAAUCGUCAAGAGAGCGAGGUGUCGUCGCGAGCUAAAGCCAUCCCAGUUUUGGGGACCCCCCUUUGCGCCAGAAAUGAGUCUUGACGUGGAGGGGACCAGUAGUUCACACCAUCCGAUCAUGGAAGGGGCCCACCAACGAGCAUCUUAUCCUCAUGGAAUGCCACUGUGGUCCGCUAGCAUUGACUCUAGUGGUCCCCGCAGUCCGUUCAACAGCAUUUACAACACAUGGUCUGUCAACAUGGGCCAUCUUGAAACAUUUCAAGAUGCUCAGACAGAACAGAAACCGUUGUUGUCAACUCCAAACUACAUUCCAGGGUACUUUCCACAACAACUUGUCACUGUUGAGCGACCCAAUACCGAAUACUGGCCGAAUAUACCCCUCAUGCCGGACCCAUAUCAGUUUGAAUACUGA